UGGGGGUGAUUCCGACUUUUAGUGGCCCUGUAGGACAGAGGAGAGCCGCCCCGAAGGGUUUCCAGUGAAUCUUUGUGGAAGCAGAUUGCUUCAGCUUUCUCUGGUGGAGCAACGAGUGGGCUCGAUCGGCUCACCUCUCGACUAACAGCCCAACGCUUAGCCACGCGCAGAGCGGGGAUAAAUACAAUACGGUGGAAGAAGUGGCGGGCCCAAGGGCGGGUGGCCAGGGAAACUCUUCUACCUCUGCCUUCCCGGACUACGGCCGGCGGAAAACUGGGAGCAGCCUGGGGGCCCCCGCCUCCUGGCUGCCCCCCUUGCAGCCACGCCCCCUCCGUCCUUGAAGUCCAGCGUGUGUCCGUCCAGCUGCCUGGCUCGCGCGUCACUGGCGCACCCGCCCGCCCUCCUCAGCCCUAGACCUUGGGGCCGGGGGCCUGGUGGCUCGAAGUCCCAGCGUGCACCCUGAGGGGUCGGCAGCUGCGCAGUGAGGCGGGUGCGUGCGCAGUCCGGCCGACUCCGGAGACCUGCCACGCGUCCCCAGGGAGGCUCGUUCCUCAGAGCGCGGGCAGGAAUAAAUAUCAGGAGAUAAGUGUGCUUGUCUUGGGACUUGCUUCAUCAUGCGAAAUCUGAAGUUACUUCGGACCCUGGAGUUCAGGGACAUUCCGGCUCCAGGGACACCCCAGUGCUUCUCUCUCUGGACGGAACAAGGCACGGUGCUCGUUGGCUCCGAACAUGGCCUGCUCGAAAUAGACCCCAUUGCAAGAGAGGUGAAGAAUGACAUUUCGCUGGUGGCAGAAGGCUUUCUCCCAGAGGACGGAAGUGGCCGCCUUGUCGGUAUUCAGAACUUGCUGGAUCAGGAGUCUGUGUGCGUGGCCACGGCCUCUGGGGACGUUGUGCUCUGCAAUCUCAGCACACACCAGCUGGAGUGCGUUGGGAGUGUAGCCAGCGGUAUCUCUGUCAUGAGUUGGAGUCCUGACCAAGAGCUGGUGCUGCUAGCCACAGGUCAGCAGACCCUGAUUAUGAUGACCAAAGACUUUGAACCAAUCCUGGAGCAGCAAAUCCACCAGGACGACUUUGGCGAAAGCAAGUUUAUCACUGUUGGGUGGGGCAAAAAGGAGACGCAGUUCCAUGGAUCCGAAGGCAGGCCAACAGCUAUGCAGAUACAAAUGCCUGAGUCGGCUCUGCCCUGGGAUGACCAAAGACCACAGAUUACCUGGCGUGGGGAUGGACAGUUUGUUGCUGUGAGUGUUGUUUGCCCGGAGACAGGUGGCCGGAAGGUCAGAGUUUGGAGUCGAGAGCUUGCUUUGCAGUCGACCAGUGAGCCUGUGGCAGGACUGGGACCGACCUUGGCGUGGAAGCCCUCCGGCGGCUUGAUGGCAUCGACCCAAGACAAACCCAACCAGCAGGAUGUUGUGUUCUUUGAGAAAAACGGACUUCUUCACGGGCACUUCACUCUUCCUUUCCUCAAGGAUAAGGUGAAGGUGAAUGGCCUGCUCUGGAAUGCAGACUCCUUGGUGCUCACAGUUUGGCUGGAAGACCUGCCAACAGAAGAACAAUCCACUCUGAAAACGUAUGUGCAGCUGUGGACUAUUGGGAACUACCACUGGUACCUCAAGCAGAGUCUCCACUUUAGCUCCUAUGGGAAGAACAAGCCCGUGUCUCUGAUGUGGGAUCCGGUGAUGCCGUACCGGCUGCAUGUUCUCUGUCAAGGCUGGCAUUACCUCAGCUAUGACUGGCACUGGACAACGGACCGGUGCUUGGGAGACAGCGACAGUGACCUGGCAAACGUGGCCGUCAUUGAUGGGUACCGGGUGUUGAUGACCGUCUUCCGGCAGACUGUGAUCCCGCCUCCCAUGUACACCUACCGACUGCUGUUCCCGGAGCCUGUGAAUCAAGUCAUGUUCUCUGCACACCCUCAGAGGAGGAAUGACCUCGCUGUCCUGGACGCCAGUCGCCAGGUUUCCGUCUACAAAUGUGGUGACAGUCCCUGUGAAGACCCCACCAUGAAACUGGGCGCUGUGGGUGGAAACGGAUUUCAAGUUCCCCUCACGAUACCUCAUCUGGAAAAGAGAUACGUAAUUCAAUUUGAGAAUAAUGAAGACCAAGAAGUAAACCCACUGAAGCUCGGCCUUUUCACCUGGAUUCAAGAAGACGUUUUCCUGGCCGUAAGCCACAGUUCGGCCUGCCCACAGUCUGUCAUUUACUGCUUGACCGCGGCUGCUUCGGAGACCAGUGAGGAGCAAGGACAGCUCACCAUCAGCUCAUCUGUGACAGUGGAUGGGGUCAUAAUCUCUCUGUGUUGCAGUUCCAACACCAACUCAGUAGCAUUGCAGCUGGCUGAUGGACAGAUUUUUAAGUGCCUUUGGGAGUCACCUUGUCUGGCUGUUGAGCCGUGGAAGAAGCCUGGGGGAGUCCCGGUCCAGUUCCCUUACCCCUGCAUGCAGUUUGAACUGGCCAUGGUUGCGGGAGAGGAAUGUGUCCUCGGUCUGAGCGAGAGGUGUCGCUUUUUCGUCAAUGACACUGAGGUUGCAUCAAACAUCACAUCCUUUGCUGUGUGUGGCGAAUUUUUAUUGUUGACCACCCAUUCCCAUACCUGCCAGUGUUUAUGUCUGAGAGAUACCUCGUUUGAGACAUUACAGGCAGGCCUGAGCAGCAGUGGGGUGUCCAGUGAAGAGAUGCUGCGGAAGGUGGAGAGAGGGUCACGCAUCGUCACUGUUGUGCCCCAGGACACAAAGCUCAUACUACAGAUGCCAAGAGGGAAUUUAGAGGUUGUUCACCACCGAGCCCUGGUUUUAGCGCAGAUUCGUAAGUGGUUGGACAAACUGAUGUUUAAAGAAGCCUUUGAGUGCAUGAGGAAAUUGAGAAUUAAUCUCAACCUGCUUCAUGAUCACAACCCCAAGGUGUUUCUUGAGAAUGUGGAAACCUUCAUAAAACAGAUCGACUCUGUAAAUCAUAUUAAUUUGUUUUUCACAGAACUGAAGGAAGAAGAUGUUACACAGACCAUGUACCCUCCCCCAGUUUCCAGCGGUGCCCAGCUGCCCAGGAAUCCAGAGGGGAAGAGCGUGGACCUCAUUUGUGACUCGCUGCGGGCAGCCAUGGAGAGCAUAAACCCUCACAGGUACUGCCUGUCCAUCCUCACCUCCCAUGUGAAGAAAACCAUCCCUGAGCUGGGAACCGUGCUUCAGAAGGUCCACGAGCUUCAAGGAACUGCGCCGCCUGGUCCUGACGCUGUGAGCGCAGAGGAGGCGCUGCAAUAUCUGCUGCUUCUGGUGGACGUCAAUGAGUUGUAUGAGCAUUCUCUCGGGACCUAUGACUUUGACUUGGUCCUCAUGGUCGCCGAGAAGUCACAGAAGGAUCCUAAAGAAUAUCUUCCAUUUCUUAAUACACUUAAGAAAAUGGACACGAAUUAUCAGCGGUUCACUAUAGACAAACACUUGAAGCGGUAUGAAAAAGCCAUCAGGCACCUCAGCAAAUGCGGACCUGAGUUUUUCCCGGAAUGCUUAAACUUAAUAAAAGAUAAACACUUGUAUAAGGAAGCUCUGCAGUUAUACCCGGGAGACUCUCAGCAGUACAAGGACAUCAGCAUGGCUUACGGGGACCACCUGUUGGAGGAGCAGCUCCGGGAGCCCGCGGGGCUGGUGUUUGCCCGCUGCGGUGCUUACGAGAAAGCGCUGGAGGCCUUCCGGGCCUGCGGCAGCUGGCAGCAAGCCCUCUGCAUGGCCGCCCGACUGAACUUCACCAAAGACCAGCUGGCUGGCCUUGCCAGGACUCUGUCAGGAAAGCUAGUUGAGCAGAGGAAGCUCAGUGACGCGGCCACAGUUCUGGAACAGUAUGCCCAGGACUAUGAAGAAGCUGUGCUCUUGCUGUUAGAUGGCAGUGCCUGGGAGGAAGCUCUGAGACUGGUAUACAAAUAUAACAGACUAGAUAUCAUAGAAACCAACAUAAAGCCUUCCAUUUUAGAAGCCCAGAAAAAUUACAUGGCGCUUCUGGACUCUCAGACAGCCACAUUCUGUCGUCAUAAGAAACGGUUAUCGGUGGUUCGAGAGCUCAAGGAGAAAGCCCAGCAGAUGAAUCUGGGUGAUGAGGGCCCCCACGACCCAGAGUCUGACCUCUUCUCUGAAACCAGCAGUGUUGUGAGCGGCAGUGCCACGAGUGGCAGAUAUUCACACAGCAACUCCAGGAUAUCAGCGCGAUCGUCAAAGAAUCGCCGCAAAGCGGAGCGCAAGAAGCACAGCCUCAAAGAAGGGAGUCCCCUGGAGGAGCUGGCGCUGCUGGAGGCACUGAGCGAGGUGGUGCAGAGCGUUGAGAAACUGAAAGAUGAGGUAUCCCGCAUUUUAAAGGUACUGUUCCUCUUUGCCUUUGAUGAGCAAGCAAAGGAAUUACAACAGGCCUUUGAAGAUUCUCUGCAGCUGAUAGAGAGGUCACUUCCAGAAAUUUGGACUUUGGCCCACCAGCCGAGCUCCACCACCUCUAUUCUAGGUCCCAGUUCGACUGCAAACAGCAUCAUGGCCUCCUACCAGCAACAGAAGACUGCAGCCCCUGCUCUCGAUGCUGAGCUUUUAAUGCCCCCAAAGAUCAACAAACGGGCCCAGUGGAAACUGAGCCUCCUGGAGUGACUGUGGCCCUAGGGCAGAAGACUCUGGCAGAGAGGACGCUUCCACGCCGGACUAGCAUUCCGCCAGUGCCCUCCUCGACGCCUGUGCUCCAGCUGGGAACAGUGUUGGGAGCCAGUGAGUCAGACCUCAGCAAGCCCUGAGCUCUAUGUGUGUGUGUGUAAUGCUUUAAUCAUUAAAAAUUUAAGCCUCA